CAUAGCCCCAACCCAGAUCUUCCCCCGCCAUGCACCGCUCAGUGGAGGCCGCCUGCACCGCCGGCGGCGACCCGCGGCAGCUCAAGAUCCCACGCCGCCUGACCGGCGACGAGCCACCGCCACAGCACCAGCCGCCAGCGCCAGCGCUGCCGCCACCGCCGUCGCAGCUGCCGCUGCUGCCGCCGCCACAGCAGCAGAGCGCGGGCCCGCACAGCAGCUCGCCCUUCGCUGUGGCUGGUGCCAGUCCCUGGCAGCAGCACGCUGCAUCGACGGCCGGGGCGGCCGCCGCUGCCUCGGCCGCAGCUGCCGGUGCCGCCCAGGCGGGUGGCGGCUCCAGCCCCGAUGACGCGGUGGCACACGGUGGCGGCGGCAUUGGCAGCGGCGGGGCCUCGGGCCGCCGCAGCCAGCCGCGCCGUCGCAGCACCGGGCAGAUGGCAGACGGCUUCUACCUCGGCCUCAGCGGCGGCAUUGCCGGGGCCAAUGAGCCGUCGGCAAUGGAGGACACGGCUGCAGCCGCUUCAUGGGCAGCGGAGCUCGAGCCCGGCGCAGCCGCGUCGGACGUCAUGGGCGCAGCUGUGCUGCUGUCGCGUCUGCAGCACCCGCCGCAGCACGGCAGCAGCCGACCGCCGCGCCCGCCCCAGCACGGCACGUACGCGCGCCCGCCGGCCCUGCCCCGGCCGGGGCGAUGUCCCGCCGCCGCCACCGGGCUGCUACCCACAGCAGCAGGAGCCUACGGCGGCCAGAUACCCCGUAGCCAGGGUGCCGGCGCCGCUGCCGCCGGCGGCGCCACCGCUAGCGGCUGCACCGAGGACAAGAGAGGACUCGAGCAAGGAGAGGCGGAGCCGCCACCACAGUCACAGCCACGGCGCUGGCGCGAGGACGCGGGCACCGUGGGCGCGGCGGCAAACAGCGCGCAGCUGCUGCUGCAGGGAGGCACCAGCUGCACCACUAGCAGUGGUGGCCGUGUUGCUGUGCCGCUGGCAACGAACGCGGUGUUGAGGACGGAGCACGUGGACCUUGCCCGGUUCCUACUGGACCAGCUGCGGGCAAGGGGUAUCUCAUGCGGUAUGCCGCCACCAUCAAUCACGGCGGUACCGCUACCGGCUGCCGAGGGCGGGAUGGGCGGCGGCAUCAGCAGCGGAGCGACUGCUGCCGGUGCCGCUGCCGUCAACCGGCGCCGCAUGUCCGCAAGCGAUGUUGGUCCGCCGCCGCCCGCCGCGGCCACGUCGGCGGCUGGCUCUGAUCUGCAGCGACUGCCACUAUUGUUGGGAGAGGCUGCAGUGAUUCGCUGCGCCACGGGCCCCUCUGUCGUCGCAGCGCCCGUCGCCUCAGCCGCCGCCGUCGGAGCCAGGCCUGCUGCCGCAGGCUCUGAUGCUCGCAGCGGCACUGCCAGGCACGGCGGCGGCAUGGGUCUCAAGCGGCGGUCGGCAAGUAUGGACCUGGGAGAAGUCUUUCGCCAGCAGCCCAACUUCUCAGUCACAGCCGCUGCCGGUGCUGCUAGCGGUGGUUACGGAUGUGGCUACGGCGGCGGCUCCGCUACGGCUGUGAAUGACGACUUCUCAGAGGUUACGUCGCCACACCGGUUUGGAGGUCGCGGGCAACGGCCUGCGGGCCCGCAAGCGGCGCAUGGAGCAGGCCGUGGUGUCAUUGGAGCAGCAGGCAGUGCGCCGGCUGCGGCGGCUGAGGCGGACGCGCUGGCUGCACACAUGGCCUUGCUGAGCCCCUCCCGGCUGCAGCGGCCGCUGCUGCCAUGGGAACGGCGGGUGCCUGCAGCUGCAGCCGGUGGCUUGGGUGAAGCUGCAGCUGGCGGCAGCGAUGGCCAUAUGACAGCAGGGAGCCUCACUGCCGCCGUGGCGGCGUGGUCCAGGUCACGUCGCGGCAGCGGCGACCUUUUUGGCACAUGGGUCGGGACCUCCCUUCCCGGAGGACUUCCCAGCCAGCCCGCAGGCGCGCAAAUGGAGCCAGCAGUGACCACGAGCAGUAACGACGACGGCGAGCAGGCGACUGGCCCGCGCCGCGUGAAGGCGCGCAAGGGUCAGCCUCACCAAGCGGCCCUGGCCUAGACACUGCAGGAAUUCGACUUGUACAACCUAGAACUUUCGGGCAUGGCGAAGACUCAGCAAUAAAAAAGCUUUCUCUAUAAAACAACUGUCAAGUGCCCCAAAGAGACGAACAGGCGCGCUGCUGCAGUAGAAGUUUGCUGGCAGAUACCAAGUUUAAAUGUUGUCGCAGAGGGUCUGUAGAUAGCGGGAACUAGAACGCGACUAGGGUUGCCAACCUUUGACGAAUCCAGGAGGGACUUUUCCAGGCCCGGCUGUCGUUUCCGUUUUGGUACUGAUUCCUGUGUCGCUCCUUCCGUUCUGACUCAAGUUUUAAGGUAUCGAUCGGUAUGAUUAUUCGCGCAUAGGAGCUACGCGUGCGAAACUGCAGAACUGGCUGACGAGGCCGGAAGGCCAUUGACGCCAGGUAGCCUCCUUACCUCAAUAAAU